GGUGGGUUGAAUAUUUUCGAAAACAGCAACAUCCUGCAUGAACUGUCAUCUGUGUCUGAAGAUGGAUUCGUCCCCUUCUUGUUGGACAAAUUGAAGGCAUUGGGAUUUGAAGCACAUCUAGUUUGGCUGCAGAAACAGCUGUUGGAGGCUGCAUAUGUCAAGCUCGCUAUCAAAGAUCCUACAUACCGAAUCCAUGUUGAAGAGCCAGUGGCAAAGUUCUAUGCUCUUCAAAGCAAGCCAAUUCCUAUGAUUCCUUGGAAUGAGGAACUGGAAGAAGCAUUAUCAAAUCCAUACUUCCAUCUGCUGCAGCAGAGCCUAGGUCUGUAUACAAAUGAUGAUCCAGCAUCAUCUACCCGAGAAUUCCACAGUAUUUCACGCCCAUGCUACUUGUUAACAAAGCUCGACAAAUUGGUACCAUCGAAUCAGGUAGGUCAUGUGGUUUUUUCCGUGAAGUUUGAUGUAGACACUCUUAAGGAAAGCUCAAAUCUUGGAUCAGCUCAGGUCAAACCCGAUCAAGUCAAUGUGCCGCUGAAAACCUUCGAGCACACAUGGUUGAACGUAAUACAGAAGAUGAACGGAGAUUUCACAGUUGGCAGUUUUUAA